AGGGGGUCGGCGGCGGAGGCGGCGGAGGCGGUGGGGGGGGACGUUCUGGCUCCAGAGGGCAGCGGGAGCAAGAUGAAGCCGACCCUGGCGCUGCUGUUGCUGGUGGCGGUGGGCUUGAGCGGCGCUGGGGCUCAGCCAGGCGGUCUGCCUCCUGGGAAGAAACUACGCAUGGCCUACGCCACCGGGCCGUUGCUCAAGUUCCAGAUCUGUGUUUCCUGAGGAUACAGGCGGGUGUUUGAAGAGUACAUGCGGGUUAUUAGCCAGCGGUACCCAGACAUCCGCAUUGAAGGGGAAAACUACCUUCCCCAACCCAUAUAUAGACAUAUAGCCUCUUUCUUGUCAGUCUUCAAACUAGUGCUAAUAGGCUUCAUUAUUGUUGGCAAGGAUCCUUUUGCUUUAUUUGGCAUGCAAACUCCAGGUAUCUGGCAGUGGGGACAAGAAAAUAAGGUAUAUGCUUGUAUGAUGGUUUUCUUCCUGAGCAACAUGAUUGAGAACCAGUGUAUGUCAACAGGUGCAUUUGAAAUAACUUUAAAUGAUGUCCCAGUGUGGUCUAAGCUGGAGUCUGGGCAUCUUCCUUCCAUGCAGCAACUUGUUCAAAUCCUUGAUAAUGAAAUGAAACUCAAUGUGCAUAUGGAGCAAAUGCCACAUCAUAGAUCAUAGCCCCAUUCAUCAGUACUGAACACUUCUUACAUUAAGUGAUACUUUCCAAAGGCAACAUGAAUGAAAUAAAUGAAGGUCUGUACUGAAGACAGAAAGCUGUUGGUACAGACUGGAUGAUCUACUUGUCUUCAUGUUGUACCUUCUGAAAAUCUUAAUGCAAGAUCCCUUUCAGUGCUGGUACGUGUCCAAGAACUGCACAUUCAAGGAGUGCAAUAAUACUGUAUAGUUUUUUUAAAGUAAUUUAGCCAGUUCAGUUUUAGAAAAAAACACAGGUGUUACUUGAUUACAGAUUUUUUGCUUUGGAUUAGAUCCGGACUAAGUUGCAUUUCAAACCUAUUAAAUUUAGUGUGGAUUAAAUGCAACCAGUGGAGUCUUGAUCUAACUCUUUGUAUUCAUGUCUAUUAAGGUGGCAAAAUUUAUUAAUAUUCUAAUAUUUUCCUGGAAAAAGUCUGAUUUGCUUUAUGUGGCCUUUAUAGAAUAUUUGUAAUUUAAAAUCAAUCUUGAGAAGUACUGGCUGUCUUUUAAACUGGUUUGGAUAACUGAUGGCUGCUGAACAAUACUGAUUUGGUUGUGUAAGUUUUGUAUAUUUUCAGGGUAUAUUGCUGAGUGAAUGGUACAUUAUAAAACUAAAUUAUAUAAACAAAUGAUAUGCAGAGUAACUACCUUCUACGUCAUGACUUCAGAAGACCAAGUGAUGUUCAGAUUCCCUCAACAAUUUGAAGUCUGUUUCCUGGCCCAAAUUGUACGAUCAAGUAGUUGGCCUUUAUGCUGUCAUAAAUAUGAACUAAGUAAACUAAUUUAAAUAAAGAAAUUUUAUUUACUGUGAGUAAAUCAGCUUAAAUCACUUCAUAAAGUUGUCUGAAUAAUAUAUUGAAGAAAGAAGCAAAAGCAAUUUCAUAUACAUUAUGGAUAUCCUAAAUCUCCCUUACAUAAUCUUUGGCAGUACUCAAAACUAUCAUAUGAAUCCAAAAGGCGAUCCCAAUUUCUUAAAGGAUAAUAUUUUUAGACCAGACAUUGAGGAACAAAAAUAUUUUUGAACUAUGUGAACUUUUAAUUUUAAUUCAUUGAAGAAAAAGUUUUCAUUGAGUAAGUUUUUUUUUUAAAGUACUCUGGCUCCAGUCACAAUUUUUUCAAGUGUGCUGCAGUCUCUAUUUGUUCCCAUGUUACCCUUUUGAGUAACUUGCAGUAACAAGUAAGGUUAAAAAUGUAGAAAAAAGGGUUGUACUUUCCAUCUAUAAUGUCCUCCAUGUAUAUAGCAAUAGCACUUAGACUUUUAUACUGCUUCACAGUGCUUUACAGCCCUCUAAGCAGUUUACAGAAUCAGCAUGUUGCCCCCCAAAAUCUGGGUUUUCAGUAUAAACAGUUUUGAAUUCAGAAAGCAUAUAAUCAUCUACGGACAUAAUUUCACUUGCUAAGUUGUGAAUUUGCAUAGCUUCUUAUAUGGGUUUAAGGUUUGUUUGAGUUCUUGUUUGGGGAUGUUUUAUGAUUAGUUUUGUCAUCUAAAAUGGCACAAAAAGAAAAAAAAUAGUAUAAUCUAUGAUAGUAUCUUUCUAAGGCCAAUCUAAAAUUGGGAUAUUUUGAUCUAUAAUUCUUUGCCUAACAGGAUAAUAAAUAAAUAAAUAAAUAAAUGCUAAUUUCAGGCUGUUUAAAGUCCUAGUAAUAAUCAUCUACAAGUGUAACAUCUACAAAGGUAAAUCUUUCUUGUGUUAACUCAAUAUAUCAAUGGUAUUUUUUCUGUGACGAUACUGAAAUGGUUUGCCAUUGUGUAUUUUGGAACUUGUUUGUGACUUUCUUGGCUUUUCAUUUGGUUCUACAAGUACUAACCAUAUCUGAUCAACCUAAUUCUGUUGAUAGCAAACAACACCUAGAUACCUAUUUCAAAUUUGUCUCUUGUUAUUUCUGGCAAAUAAGUUAAUUAUUAUUAUAUUGUCUUAUUUGGAAGUCCAGGAGAGCACAACUUGCUAUUUUGGUUGUUAAUUAUUACUCUUAUGGUUAACCUAUAAUUGUAAUUAAAUGAACUUUUAGUUUAAAAGUUGGUGGUGAUGAAGAGUUCCAUUGUGGCAAUGCAAUAAUUUCAGUAUUAUUAUUGUUAUUUGCAUUAUAUGCCACCUAACUCCAAAUGACUCUGGGCAUCUCACAACUUAAAAACAAAGUAACAAAUACACAAUCAACAAUAAAUAACAUGUAACAUACUUAACAUGGAAAUCUAACCACCCUAGCUCAAAAUCUGGGAAUCUUAAGCUGCCAAUUCUUAAGACUGUAUGUUGCCACUGAACUUUUUCAAGUUUGUCUUUUAUCACUGACAUUUGGUCUCCCUAUUCCAAAGUAUAAUGUGAUCUUAUUAUUUAACAUUGUUCAGUGGCAUCUUCUGAAGAAAAUAGGUUUCUACUCCCCCUCCUCUCAAAUAUCAAUUUACAUUAGGAAACAUUCAGAACUCAUGUGUGACAAAAUUAGUUUGGGGUAGAAAAUAAAGCUUUUCUUGCAAAAGGAUAUCUUCAAAGCAAAAGCAUUAACAUGCCCCCCCCCCCCCCCCGCCCCCCGAUUUUUAAGAAUAGAAUAGACAUUUUGCAGUAGCCCUACUUUGAUAAACAUCAGUUACAGGUAGUCCUCGACUUAUGACCACAGUUGAGCACCAAAUUUCUGUUCUUCAGCAAGAUAGUUGUUAUGUGAAUUGUGUCUCAUUUUAUUACCUUUCUUGCCACGGUUGUUCAGUAAAUUUGGCUUCUCCAUUGACUUUGCUUACAAGGUCUCAAAAGGUGAUCACAUAACCCCAGGACUUUGCAACUGUCAUAAAUAAAUGCCACUUGACAAGCAUCUGAAUUUUGAUUAUAUGGCCACAGGGAUGCUGCAACAUCCAUAGGUUGAAAAAUGGCCGCAAAUCGCUUUUGUCAGUGUUGUAACUUUGAAUGGUCACUAAAUAAAUGGUUGUAAAUUGAGGACUGCCUGUAGGGUUGUAACUAUUAGUUCUGACUUCUUGCAUAGUUGCACAAGCUUUACAGAUACUUGUUUCUAAUCUUAUUAUAAAAUUAAUUCCUUGUAAAAAGCUGUUUUUUAUAAUUUUUCAAAAUUGUUGAAGAAUUAUGAGGUGCUCUCUGAACUUGAUGGCCAGAGAACUUGGUUGUUUUCUUGCAGACAUUUCAUUAUCAUGCUAGCACUGAUGAUCUUAUCAGUUUCGGUAAUGAAACGUCUGCAAGAAAACAACCAAGCUCAGAGCCCAACGACCCCUCCUUUCAAUCUGGGGCUACAAAUAUUACUCUUGAUUGUAAAGAAUUAUGUUUUCAAAAAUAAAUUUCUGAAACAUAAACACAAUGAGUGGCAAUACAUCACACAUUAAUGAAAACGUGUUCGGUAUUUUUGCAGUUAUUUUUCCAUAUGUCUACAGUAUUUUUAGUGGGUUUUUGAAUGGGACAGUAAUGAGAUUCUUCCUCAGCCAAAAAAAUCCAAACAACCAGCAUGGAACAAGAACUAAUUAAAAAUAUUUUAAAAUAUACAAAGAAACAAUAAGAACAAAUUUUGAUGGGUAUAUUGAUCCAACUCAUUUCAGACUUCAAGUAAUUUUAUGAAAAUCGGGCAGUUCCAAUAAUAUAUUGUUGUUUUUUUUAACAUCUACUUAAUUCAGUCAUGAUUUUUGUAAUCCUUUUGGUUUUGUUUGGGUUUUUUCAGUAUAUGUGAUGCCUACUAUAAACUCUUUAUCCAUGAUAAUGACUUAGGUUGAAAUACAUUUGGGAUUUUUGUCUUAUUUUAAAAUCAGGAUUAAGUAUUGCUUGGCAUAUAUACAACUUAUUUUUGUGUGAUACGUUCAUACAUAGUG